AUGGCCUUCCACAAGCUUGUGAAGAACAGCGCGUACUACAGCCGCUUCCAGACCAAGUUCAAGCGCAGGAGGCAGGGCAAGACCGACUACUAUGCCCGCAAGCGCCUGAUCACCCAGGCCAAGAACAAGUACAAUGCGCCCAAGUACCGCCUGGUCGUCCGUUUCACCAACCGGGACAUCAUCACUCAGAUGGUGACCUCGGAGAUCAACGGUGACAAGAUCUUCGCCGCCGCUUACUCUCACGAGCUGCGCGCCUAUGGCAUCAACCACGGUUUGACCAACUGGGCUGCUGCCUAUGCCACUGGUCUCCUGCUGGCCCGCCGUGUCCUCGCCAAGCUGGGUCUGGAUAAGACCUUCACUGGUGUUGAGGAGCCCAACGGCGAGUACACCCUCACCGAGGCUGCCGAGACUGAGGACGGCGAGCGCCGCCCCUUCAAGGCCAUCCUGGACGUUGGUCUUGCCCGCACCUCGACCGGUGCCCGCGUCUUCGGCGUCAUGAAGGGCGCUUCCGACGGUGGCAUCUUCAUCCCCCACUCCGAGAACCGCUUCCCCGGCUACGAUAUCGAGACUGAGGAGCUCGAUACCGAGGUUCUCAAGAAGUACAUCUAUGGCGGCCACGUCGCUGAGUACAUGGAGACUCUCGCCGACGACGAUGAGGAGCGCUACAAGAGCCAGUUUGUCAAGUACAUUGAGGACGAUGUUGAGGCCGAUUCCCUCGAGGAGCUCUACGCCGAGGCCCACAAGCAGAUCCGCGCUGACCCCUUCCGCAAGUACGUCAGCGACGCUCCCAAGAAGAGCAAGGAGGAGUGGAAGGCCGAGUCUCUCAAGUACAAGAAGGCCAAGCUGUCCCGCGAGGAGCGCAAGGCCCGUGUCGAGGCGAAGAUCAAGCAGCUCCUCGCCGAGCAGGACGAGUAA